CCCACCCCUGGACCUAACCCCAAUCGGGCUCUAGCGUUCACACACGAAAAACCAGCUCCAUGAAAGGGCAGUGGUUUACGGCAAGAACCCCACCAUCCGCUCUUUGAUGGAUUGAGGCCGAAAACUUGCGAACGCAAUCGUGUCGACACUCUGCAUUUGUCUCCCCAUCAACUGCCAACCUCGCCGAAACUCCAGCACCGACCCCCCCGCGCCCACCCAUCUUCUCCUCCUUCGCCCCGAAGUUAAAUACCCCCCGACCCUCAACCAAACUCGUCCUACUUUUUGCCCAUCAUGAACGGCGAGGAUCCCCAAGAGCGCCCCGACUUCAUCCGCGCCAUCAUCAACGGUCUCGAGCGUUACAACCCCGAAGCCGCUGGCACUCUCGAGGCCUACCUUACCCAACAAUGUGAGGAGAAGUUCUGCGAUUGCAACGCCAACCGCGCGCUGCUCAAGCUCUACCAACUCAACCCCGACCGCAUCAAGGAUGAGGUCAUCACCAACAUCCUCGUCAAGGCCAUGACCCAGUUCCCCUCGCCCCAGUUCGACCUCGCUCUCCACCUCCUCAGCCCCUCGCAGUCCAACCCGGGCCCCAACUCGUCCUCGGAGCUCACCGAGGCCGUCUCCAAGCUGCGCGCCCUCAACGCCCAGCUCGAGGGCGCCGAGUACGCCCGCUUCUGGGCCACCCUCGACAGCGACGACCUCUACGCCGACCUGACCACCGACAUCGCCGGCUUCGAGGACAUGAUCCGCGUCCGCAUCGCCCAGCUCGUCGGCCAGUCGUACCGCGAGAUCCAGUUCCCCGUGCUCGAGAGCUGGCUCGGCCUCAACAACGCCGAGGCCACCACCCAGUUCAUCACCGAGACGUGCGGCUGGAAGGUCGAGGGCGAUCUCGUCCAGAUCCCCAAGAACGCCGACAACGAGGCGCGCAAGGCUGAGAUCCGCGAGGACGUCAACGUCGACAUGUUCGCGAGGGUCAUCAAGCGCAGCUGGGAGGAGUCUGCUUAGGAGCCGUCUUCAACACUUGGCAUUGAGGAGCCGUCUUUGUCACUUGACAGUGAGGAACCGUCUUUGUCACUUGGCAGUGAGGAGCCGUCUUCAA